AUGCCAGAUAUACAACACCUGUUGAUAACUGCCAAUGGAAUCGAAGCGGGCAUGAGAGCCACUUGUCUUGAGGAGGUGACCAACGGCAAGGUGAAGCUGCAGCGUGCUACUAUGGCACACCGUCUGCUUGACCAGCUCGCUCAGCUGCUCGGUCAGUUGGAGUCUCAACGGGGUAAGGCUUUGGGGCCAGUUCAGGGAGUGGUCAUCGGUCUCGAAAAGGCCGACCCUCCACACAGCUGCAUUGCGAAGUACCUCGACGAAGAUUUACGCCAAGAUAACGAUUCGCUCUCUAAGGAGCUACCGCGAGAUAAGGGACAAAGGUUCGAGGAGAGUUAG